AUGGCCAUGGAGACAGAGGACCCCAAUAGGACGAUGGUGAGCUCCUUCUUGCUGGAGAGUCUGCUGUACACCUCAGAGCAUCCAAUUCUCUUCUUCCUUCUCUUCCUCCUCACCUACACCAUCACUGUGAUAGGGAAUCUCCUCAUUCUCCUAACCGUGGGCUCCAACCCUCGCCUCUACUCGCCCAUGUACCACUUUCUGGGGCACCUCUCCUUCCUAGAUGCGUGUCUGUCCACAGUGACAGUGCCCAAGGUUAUGGCUGGCCUAGUGACGCAGGACGAGAAGCACAUCUCCUUUGAGGGCUGUGCGGUCCAAAUGUACUGCUUCCACUUGCUAGCCAGCACCGAGUGCUUCCUGUACACAGUCAUGGCCUAUGACCGCUACCUAGCCAUCUGCCAACCCCUCCACUACUCGGUGGCCAUGAGCAGGACCAAGUGCACUGGGCUGGCAGGAGCCACAUGGGCCACAGGUGCUGUGCACUCAGCCAUCCACACCUCCCUCACUUUCCGCCUGCCCUACUGUGGCCCUCACCACAUCACUUACUUCUUUUGUGAUAUCCCACCUGUGCUCAAGCUGGCCUGUGCCGACACAUCUGUGAAUGAGCUGGUGGUUCUGGCCAACAUUGGUGUGGUGGCCGCAGGCUGCCUGGUCCUCAUCAUCACAUCCUAUGUCUUCAUCGUGGGGGCUGUGCUGCGCAUCCGAACGGCUGCGGGGCGCCAGCGGGCCUUCUCCACCUGCUCUUCCCACCUUACUGUGGUAUUCCUAUAUUACUUGCCCCCUGCCUGCAUCUACCUGCAGCCCAGUGCCAGUGGGCCAGGGGCGGGCAUUCCAGCUGUCUUUUACACCAUUGUCACCCCCAUGCUCAACCCUUUCAUCUAUACUCUGCGCAACAAGGAGGUGAAGCGGGCUCUGCGAAGACUUGUGUGCCGGUGCUCCCCAGGAUCUCCAGCAGCUAGCCCGACCCCCUGA